GCAAUCAGUCGUUUGUUUCAACUUUUGUAGCAACCGUGUCUGGCCCAGCAGCUGCUCCCGUCGCUCCACCACCACCAGCAGUGUCCGCUGCGGCGCCUCCUCUUCUGCAGCACCAGCAGCAGCAGCAGCAGUCGCUGUCGUCGGUGGUUGCGACGAGCGAGCGCGCCGUGCAGCACUGGCUGAGUUGGACGACCGCCGCACGCUCACCACUCUCCUCACUCUCCCGCUCAGCCAGCCAGAGCGACCUCGACGCCCUCGCCGUCUUCCUCGCGCGGCUGCACGUCUGCCUGCUCGACUGGAAAUCACCGCAAAUCGCGCUCCUGCGUUUGCCGUCGUUGGGAAAGCUGCUAGCAAGCCUCACCCAGAAUGCACCUGCUGCCGUGCUCGUCUCGGAAACAACCUGCGAGCUUGCGAUUCGAUGUUUGGUCGCGUUCGCCUUGACGACUCCCGCGACUAGCGACUUUGAGCGAGAAGCUGCCGACUGGGCUGCAGCUCGUAUUCGUGCAAUGAUUGCACCACCAGACUUUGACCAUGCAUCGGGCGCUGCCAUUGAAUUGUUGGGGUUCUCGCUCGGGGAAGCAAAUCGCAUGAUGCGCGACUUUGAGUUGGCGACACUCGAUGGCCUGCUUCGCGAGUCCUACCAGAGAUUGCUUUCGUCCAGUUCCUGCAACGCUCCGGCACCUGCAAUCGGCUUCGUCCCAAGCUCAGUGAUACAUGCAUUUCAUCGAAGCUGCACAGUGGUCGAUCCGCUCAUUCAUGUGCCCGAAGCGCUCCCGCAGUUGGAGAACUGGGUGCUCGCAUCUUGCGCGUUGCUCUCGGGCCACAGCAACAUUCCAGUCUUGCCGGCCGCGGCAUCGAGUUCUCUGGCGGAUUCCGCUUCUGUGUUGGGCAGCUCUGCUGCUCGUACAACAAUAUCUGCAAUGCAACCCGAUCUGAGCGUCUUCCAAAAGCUGCUCUUGAUCCGCGGCGCAGAAAUGUCCUUGCAUGCCACUCGAGCGCUCUGGCGCACCUUCCCAGUCACCUUUGACUUUAGCGUGCUGGCUGUUGCGUGCCGUAUUGCCGGCGACGAUGUUGCAAGUCAAGGACACGGCGGCACCGAGUCACACGCUUCAUCGCUGCCUGGCCUUUCUUUGGCGCCAUUGUCAUCCAUCAGUCGCGCCAUCGCAUGCGCAGGCCGCGUCUGCGUCGAUGAGCCGCUUCUGCACGGUCGCUUUGGUCUGUUGGUCCGCAGGUGGUUGCGUACAUGCUUCCCAGAAGCUCCGUCGGAGCAGCCACCCGACUCGAGCUUGCUUCUUCCUAGCCCCUCACUAUUUGCUGCGCGCCGCUUUCUUGGGGCCUUUGGAAGCGCGCUGGUCAGCCGCCUGGAGAGGACCGAGCCUGGUCUCCACACACCUCGACUCUCUGACUUCUUUGCCGCCGAGAUCCAGCCGUCGUUCAUUGCCAAAUUGGCCGCCCUCGAUGUUCCGCCGAUGCCACCACUGAAUCUCGGCCGCUCAGCAACAGCAGCAACGUCUGGUCGAGAUGGCCUUGCUUCUUCUGCUACAACGGCUCCCAUGCUGAGCUCGUUUGCCGAAGUAGUGGCUGCGGCUCGUCAGCUCGAUUUUGUGACCGACGCGCUUGCCAUUUCUCUCGGAGCGUCUCCCCCGACGCAGCUCGCGGAAUCUGGGCGCGACGCAUGGCAAGUGCAGCUGGAUCUGGACCAUUGGGUGGCAGUUGCGCAUUUCCCCAAAGUUCGCCGGCUGGCCAUCUGCUUCUUGGCGAGCCAUCUUGUGCAUGUGCAAGCGGGAGAUUUGUCUGCACCACUUGGAGCUGCGCAGGAUGCCUUUGGUUCUUUUGCAAACCCAAGCAUUCCAGCAUGGACCAACCCAGCUGUCGCAUCACAGUCACACACGCAACUGCAAGAGUCUCUGGCCAACGUGUGUCGUUUACUGCCUUGGAUUGAGCAUCCUCUGUCAACUGAUCAGCAAGCACAGCUUGAAAGCGACAUAUUUGCACUGCUGCGAGAGGCUGUCGCUUGGCCAACGGCAUCCAGUCCUUACAUUGUGGCCACUCGGUGGAAGGCCUGGCUCGACGCCUUUGUGAACGCCCCAUUGCUGCUAGAGAUUGCAUUUGCCAUCAUUCUGCAGCGCAAUCGACCCGAUUCGCUGGUAGCUACGCUUGUUGGCAGCAUGCUCUCUGCCAUCGCCGGAAAUCUCGACGCCACAGCCACGCGGCUCGACUUUCGCUCGUCAGUGGCUGUCGACGCUUGUCUCGAGGCCGUGGAAUUCAAGGCUGCUGCAUUGCAGCGCUCUCUCGAGGCGACAUUUGGUCAAGCGCUCGCACUCGCAACGAGCACUGCACUCGAAUGGGUGGAGUCGUUGCGAUCCGCAUGCGCGGAGGCUACAACUCGGCUUUCGGCGUUUAGUUUAUUGUCUGAACAGCAACAAAUCGUCCAGCGCGUCGAAGCCAUCCAGGCGACGCUUCACAGUCUUGUGGAACGGCUGCAACACACAUGCUAAAGUCGCUGCAUCAACGUCAAAAGUUGCGUACGCUAGCUUCUUGGCCCUAUGCCAUCAUGUUCGACGCAAUUUGUCCAGAGACGCUACUACCUUUGUUUUUUCCUCACGCGACCGCACUUUGAGGGUGCUGUCCUCCUUGGUCGUUUGAUUUAUUUAUUUACUGUUUCUUGCCACCCAAGUUCAGCCCACGACGUUUUCACUUUCCGCAAUUCGUCCAGCGCCCCCGCCCCCUCAAACAAGAAGAGUCUCCGCUCGGUGAGACAGUGCAAGUGCCAACAUCUGGACUUUGUGCACAACAACAGCAACAUCAACAAUCCUCAAAGUAGGAAAAGGCGGGUCCAAAUUAAGAAUUUGACAUUCCCACUUUUUGUCGUUUUUUUUUCCCUUCGCUUUUUCGUUUUUGCGUUUUGCACUCCCGGUGUUUUUUUCCCUUCACCUUUUCGCGCACUCUCCGAGUUGUG